AAUAAAAUGAAAAUACUAGAAAGCCAUCGAACCCACAAAAAAGCUCCCAAAAUAACGUUGUUGUGGUGGUGUGGUCUCUCCACUCUCAGCGACUAAGAAAUCCCCAAAUUCGUCGAUUCAACUUUCUCAAAACCCUAAUUUCAUCACCGAUUCCAUCCAGAUCUCAAUCCCGAUGGACAACAAGCAAUUCAAAAUCCCGCCGGUCAAUUUUCAAACCUCCGGGAACCCCAACGUCGCCGGCCCAAACAUCCAGCAGCGCCGCGUACCCACGCCGCCGUUCCAACCCAACUCCGGCAUCCCCUUCAUGUCCUUCGACAUAGGCUCCGCCACCGCGUCCACCUCCUCCGGUCAAAUUUACUCCGGCCCCGGCAUCGGCGGCUCCGUCAACUUCGACGACGAGGAGCCUCUCCUCGACGAGCUCGGUAUCCACCCGGAGCAAAUCUGGAGCAAAGUCAGAUCGGUUCUGAACCCGUUCCGCGUGAACCACACCGUGCACAAGGACGCAGAUCUAUCAGGCCCUAUUCUCCUCUACAUGGCCUUUUGCCUCUUCCAGUUACUCGCCGGGAAGAUUCAAUUCGGCGUGAUCUUGGGUUGGAUCGUGGUUUCCUCCAUCUUCUUGUACGUGGUUUUCAACAUGCUGGCGGGUCGAACCGGAAAUCUGGAUCUUCAUACCUGUACUAGUGUCGUCGGUUACUGUAUGUUUCCGGUGGUGAUUUUCUCUGCUCUGUCGCUGUUUCUGCCGCAGGGAGGGGUGUUCGGGCUUGCGAUCGCGGCGGUUUUCGUGUUGUGGUCGACGAGGGCUUCAACGGGCCUCAUUGUCUCUCUCACCGAUGGCGGCGAUGAACAUCGCGGGUUGAUAGCGUACGCGUGUUUCUUGAUUUACACUCUGUUUUCGUUGCUUGUCAUAUUCUAAGGAUGGGUUUGGCGCUGAGAUUCAUUGGAUCGCAGUGCUUAUGUUUUUGGAUGUAGUGAAACGCUUCAUUUUGUCUUGCCCUUGCAUUUUGAACCAUAUGAUUUUCAAUUCUUAUGUUGUAGCCAUACUAUGAUAUAGAAAAUGUAGGUAUUGCCCUUGAUUGCAAGUUUUCGAUUAUGAAGUUAUCCCUAGGACUUGUAUUUC